AUCCUCAUCCUCCCUCAUGACUCUCCGCCCCUCCACAUUCUUCUCCACCUCAUCAAUAAGGCUCUCCAUGUACUUCAGAUCCUUCCCAACCAGCGUCACCGUAUUCCGCUUCUUGCCCCACCGCGGAUAACUACCCACCUUGAUACCGUGCGGCUCGACCCUCGCCGCCAGCUCUGUCAGAUACGGCGCAAUCGUACUCUCAUACAAUGGCGUCGCGAACAGGAGCCGAUGCAUCCCAUCCCCAUCUGGAUUAACUAGACGGGGUUGUAGCAAUGGCUUAAGCGCAUUGCACAGGCGCUCGAACAGCAGCGGCACGCCGGGGAGGAUAUAGACGUUCCCGUUGACAAUGGAGACGGGCAGCCAGAGGUCGUCCGCGACAAAUAGAGCCUGGUCUUUCAGCGGGAUGGCUUCAUCUACGGGUAUCUGGACCAUGCGUAGUCGUGCCGUGAGUGCCGGCGAAGGGGUAUCCCAGUCGAAGUCUCGUUGCGCCUGUUGCGGUUUGGAGAGGUUGCGCAUCCGCGCCAGGGCCUCUUCGUGUAGCUUCAGCUUGAGGCCAAAGGCCCGUGCUAUUGAUUGGUAGGUAAUGUCAUCGUGGCUGUUUUUAUUGUGGGGUGUAUGUGGUGCUGGGAUUGGAUGGCGGAGAUGUGGAUAGGUUGUGAUUCGGUUGUGAUAUCCUCCGCGACCACCAGCGCCCACAGCCCGCGGGCACACACCCAAGAAGUUAGUAUGCAUAUGUAGCGUGGUGAUAAGACUGUGAGGUGGACAGGGGCUACGUAUGCAUUUGUUGACACAUGGGAAUGUAUGUACAUAUGUAUGCUCUCCAUGCUUAAGAGGGGAACGACGAGAAAAAAAAUGGAGGGGAAUUUGGGGAUUGGGGGAUAGGAAUUUCAGGAAACGAACGUUGGGCCGAUUCCUCCGCUUGUUACAACGAAGUCGUAUUUUUCGCUCAUCCGUUUUACAGCUUCGAUAAUCUCGCUCUCAUCAUCUGCAAUGACCUCUAUGCGCUUUAGUGACACGCCCAUUGAGAAGCAGUACUUUGCGAAAAAGGGGGAAUUGGUGUCGGCGGUCUGGAAGGAGGGGGUUACUCCCAGUGUUAGCGUAGCUGGUUUUUGUUAUUUAUAUCAAUGAACCCAGUAGAUACAGUCCCCAGUGCCCGCAAGAGAAAUAAAAUUAACGCACCUUGCCGCCUAAGACUUCGUCGCCGAUUAUCAGACAUGCUGCUGUGCGUAUCGUUUUCUUGCUGUUCGCCAGCGCUGUCACCGUAUAUGAUGUCAUGGAGAGCGGAGACCCAAUCGGACGGGCUGCUGUGGCAGCAGGAAUAUGUACGGAAUUGGGUCGUGGGCGGGAGAGACGUCUGACUAGCUGGUUGAUGCGGGGAAACAUUUAUCUUGCGUGCGCAGACAAAGAAUUGGGCAGCAGGGGGCUAGCGGAAUUUGGCUGAACAGGGCUUUUAUCAGCUUGGAUGUUUGGAGGGAUAUAAAAAGAGCCGACCGAAGCUUGGCCCUUGACCGAGACCCGAGCAGAAGCGAGCGGCUAAGAAGGUGCGGCAGUGCUCGCGGCUAACUCCUCCAACCCAACCUGCCUGCCCCCACCAUCGUCGUCACCCGCCAACCAGCCCUUGGAAACAAUAUCAGACAAAAAGUCCCUUGUCGGCUGCCAGGGAAAGAAUACUUACUAUUCAAUUAUUGACAUAUUUGUCGAUAAACCCCUGUUCCUCUCCCAUCCCCUCAGUUUCUAUACAUCACAUCGUACAGCGGUUCGAGAGAACCACCCGUAACAUCCCAAGAUGUCCGACACCAGGUUAUAUUCCUUCUCCCCGGAGACAAAAGAGAAGCUUCGCAAGUUUCGGUUGGGAACGUCUAGAGCGAAGGAUCCUCAAGCUAUCAUCUAUAUGAUCGAUUCGAAGAGCCAAGAGGUCCGCCCUGCCGAUGACGAAGUAUACAACAAGAUGGAAGAUGUUGCAGACGAACUUCCGGAUUCGUCACCCCGGUUUAUCCUGCUCAGUUAUCCGCUCACGCUGUCCUCCGGCCGUCUCUCCGUCCCUUAUGUCCUGCUCUACUACCUGCCAGAAAACUGCAACCCCUCAUCGCGCAUGAUGUAUGCUGGCGCUGUCGAGCUGAUGAGAAACACCGCAGAGGUGAACAGGGUUAUCGAAGUUGAUAGUGAAUCAGAUGUGAUUAAUAUCGAGGCGAAGCUGCGAGGUUCGGAAUAAUCAAGAGAAACCGAAAAAAAAGGGACAAUACGGUAGAAAUAUGUUAUAUUCCUUACAGGAGUCUGCCAUGCUUCCCAUUUUCGUUUCUCGAAGAUACAUACAUACUGAGAAAUUCGGACGUGUGGUUUAGGACCAACCCUUUUGGGGAAGUUCAGGGGUACAUACUUGCAUAUAUUAACUACACUACCUAACCCGAAAUAUCUAUAGAAGCUAUAGGCCCGGGGAUGCAAUAGGCCUGUUGGCACAGGAAUAGGCGUUUGCUUUAUCUUGUUUUGCAUUCUACAAAUUUUGGUUUGCAUCUGCGUGUCUUUAAAGUGUCCUGUCUCGUGCAUUAAUUUCUAUAUUUCCGGCUGUUCAAACCUGUACUUAAGACGAGAAACGACUUUUCUUUUCUUUUCUUUUUUUUUUUCCACGAGCUCCAGGACACUUUGAUUUGACAUCCCCCUCAUUUCCAUUAGUAUAUUUAUCCAGUGACUUAUUGAGUAUAUGAAAGCCUGCAUUUAGUUCCAGCAGACCCACAUCUACCCCAAUGAUAAAACUUCUCCGACGGUGAUAUAUAAAAUGCACGGAGGACCGGAGAGAUGAACAACGGUAUGACAAGAUUUCCCAGUACGUUACACGGUCUUCGAUUGCAUUGUCUCAAUUUAUAAAUUUAGCCACUUCUAUAUGUAUUUACAAUAUUAUUUUGCAGCUAGCUGUUCAUCACAGCACGUGAAGGGUCUUAUUCUAUCUUCUUUCCGUGGGCUACCGAAAGAUGGCAUUUGAUAUCACCACUGAUGAAUAUGUCUAUCCCAUCCUUUUAUGAUGAUUUCUUGUACAUGGCUGUGGGUGAUGCCUGGAGGAUAUUGUAUCGGCGAUAACGACGUUCUCCCUACGACCAGCUGCGAAAACAACAACUUCAGCGAUAUCAUCGCCCGUGAGAGGCUCGCAGCCACUAUAUUUUGUUAAUCAAGACAUUUCGAGCGUAUAGUUUAGUGGAGUGAUUGGAAUUUUAUACUUACGCAUAGACGGCGUCGGCUUUGGACUUGUCUCCAUAGAACCGAACGACGGAGAACUCCUUUUCCAAGUAUAUCCAAUCAGCAAUUCUUCGAUUAUUC